AAGGAAACAUGCCUGGAUCCAAAGCAGAGCCGCUCCUGGAUGUCAACAUGCAGCGGGAGACCUGGUGUCAGGUGGAGUCAGGAGCCCUGCGUUCCUGGGAAAGAUCAGAGAGGAAACAUUACCGGGCACACCUGCGGUCCAGCUCGGUUCUCCUCUCCGCCAUGACCGGCGGGCCGCGACAGGGGACGGCGAGCAGGGGAUGGCCACCUCCCACUAACCUCCCUCAGAGGCGUCAUUUUGAAGAAAGCUAUAAUUCCCAGCUGUCGUGGACCGCUGCAGACUCUCAGCAUCAGAACACCGAUUGAACUUUGACACAGAAAUGUUUUCAGCUCGCAGCUUGUGUUCGUUUGUUUUCAUUUCACACGCCACCUGCCGCUAUGUUGAUCCCUACAACAACAUUCAACUUGGCUGCAUUCCUCUACAAACAAUGUAUGCGUUUGAGUGUGGGAGUGUGUGUGUAACUUUUUCAUAACAAGGACAAUUGGAGAGACAGUAGGUUUCAACAAAUGCCUCAAGUCACAGGAUUCAUCAGUUCAUCUCAUGUUUGACAGGCUUCUUCCAUUUUACGUACUGGAAAGCAUUGCAUAUACAAAGGUAGUACUUCAGAAGUCCAACACAUCACCAUCAAAUGACGGUAUGAAAGCUGACGUUGAUCCUCAGCUGACUAAC